GCCAUGUGUUUGGUGUCCAUGAUCGACUGCGAGGGCUGGUUGGCAUCCCCAGAUGAUGCCCUGAAUGCGGCGGAUGAGGCCUUGGAGAUGUCGCUGGAAAUCGAGGAGUGGAACGUACGACUCGCAGACUUCUCGAGAGCGAUCUCGGACGCAGAGGAUGCUCUGGAGAUCUACCGGGAGUUGGAUUCACCCCAGGAGCUCCGUGCCCUGCAUCUGCUGCUGCACCCGCUGCUGCAGCUGGCGGAAGUGCGAGAGGCGCGACAGAAGGCCUCAGAGGCCCUGGAGCGCUUUGGUAUCAAGGGCAACAAGGCGGCGCAGAUCGACAUUGCCAAGAUGUUGGUCGAGGUGCACUUGCGUGGCGGCAACCUAUCAGAGGCCAUCAGUGUGAGCAAAGACUGCAUCAGAUGGUGCAAGGAGUUGGGCCAGAAAUCAUCGCAGGCCUCGCUGAUGUUGAAGAUCAGUCGUGGCCGUCUGGACGCCGGAGACCUCUCCAAGGCUCCUGGGGGGAGACUGCGUGGUCUCCGGCUUUCCAAAAAAUUCAGAGUCCACAAGUCAGAGCCCAACAAACAUCCAGUAAGUGACCAAUAA